AUGCCGGACGAAAAGAAGACCAAACCCCCUACGGCGAUGAAGCAGCGGCUUUUCGGACCUCCGGUUCCGGUCACACCCGAAGAGGAAAAGAGGGAAUUUGUGGCCGUCCUCUUCAACACAUCCAAAUCCGUCGGCUUCCGCGCCUCAAGUAUCGACGGAUACCGCCGAACGGGAAGUUGGCCAGUGUCGAUUUUCGGCAACGCGCCAGAUGCGCCGGAUGCUAAUCAGCAGGAACUUGGUGAGGAAGAGCCCGAUUUCGGCCCCGAAAUGGCUAACCGGAAUGAGGAUCAGGGUCCGGAAUUGGUCGCCCGAGCCAACCAUCAACGCAUUUUUGAUGAUGCCGAAGAAGCGCAGCCCGAGGGAGAGCAAUUGGAGGCUAACCACUGGGCCCUCAACGAGCAGCGCCCAAGAAAUCUGACGGCCGAUGGGGAGCCGGUUGUAAAUGAAGACGGUAGCUUCACAUUACGCGGCUACGAGGUGCUGAAUAACUGCCAGCAGUUUUUGAGGAAUCUGCAACUGGGAGAAAACCGAGUUCCGCGCCUAUACUAUGGAGAUGAGGCCACGGAUGACCUGGAGCAAGUCCCGGAGUGUUCGACUGCUGCCUCUACUCCAAGACGUCUGAUUCCGGGCACCUUCCCGGCCAACACCUCCCAUGUACUGGCGAUUGAACACCGUCCAGCCAACGCCGUCGAGACGAAUAUGCUGGGCUGGCAGGCCGAGAAGGGAUCUUUGAAGGAACGCCUCUCCUUCAUGUACUGCAACGACAUCCUUGCCGAUGUUUACUUCAUCGUCGGUCAAGGGGAUAAUCAUCAGCGAAUUCCCGCCCAUCGUUUCGUCCUUUCCAUCGGCUCCGUCGUGUUCGAUGCGAUGUUCAAUGGGAGGCUGACGCCGAAGAACUCUGGUCAAGGUCCUCAAGAAAUCGAGCUCCCCGACAUUGAGCCGUGCUCUUUCAUGGCCCUGCUACGAUUUUUGUACACGGAUGAGGUGUCGAUUGGGCCGGACUCGGUGAUGACUACGUUGUAUACGGCCAAAAAAUAUGCGGUCCGGGCCCUCGAAAACGCGUGUAUCGACUUCCUAAAAGAGUCCUUGGCACCGGACAACGCCUUCAUGCUCCUAACUCAAGCUCGAUUAUUCGACGAGCCGCAACUUGCCGAACUCUGCCUAGAGACGAUUGAUAAGGAUACCGUACCUGCCUUGGACGCUGAGAGCUUUGUGGAAAUCGACCACGAUACGUUAUGCCUGGUUCUGGGCCGAGAUUCGCUACGCGUUCGGGAGGCACAGCUUUUUCAGGCGAUCAUCGCCUGGGCCACCGAGGAAUGCGGCAGACGGGGCAUUCCGCAAACCUCAGAAAACAAGCGGGCCGUCCUUGGUCGGGCCCUACCUCUCAUCCGCUUUCCGCUAAUGACGAUUGAAGAGUUUGCCCAAACUGCCGCCCAAUCCGGUCUGCUGAGCGAUCGCCAGAUGGUGGAGCUGUUCCUCUACUAUACCGUGAACCCGAAGCCGGCUACUCACUUUAUUGAGCGGCCCAGGAGUGUGAUGGUCGGCAAGGAGUUUGUGGUAACUAGAUUUAACGUAUCGAAGGCCGCCACCAUUCAGAUCCAUCACUGUGGUACCGGUAAGCUAUUGGCGCAUAACGACACGACAUUCCAAUGUGACGGCUCGCAGAAUACGUUCCGAGUAUCGUUCUUGAAGCCGGUCGAGAUAAUCCCGAGCAUCACCUACACGGCCAGUGCUUGCUUGAAAGGGCCUGACUCGUUCUAUGGCUCCAAGGGACUUCGUCGCAUUGUCCUGCAGCCCAGCUCGCAGACGAACAACGUCACUUUUCAGUUCACCUAUGCGGCCGGGAACAACAACGGCACUUCGGUUGAAGAUGGUCAGAUCCCGGAAAUCUAUUUCUAUCGUAGAACCUUG